UGUGGCCUAUACUCUAUGUAUGGUGUAACAAGAGUGAUAGGGAUAGACGGAGGAUAUCGAGGUUUCUAUUCCAAAAACACGAUUCCUUUGACACCUAAGGUUGUGAAUGAUAUCCAUAAACGUGGUGGAACGAUUCUUGGGUCAUCUCGAGGAGGUCAUGUUACGAAGAAAAUAGUUGAUAGCAUUCAGGACCGGGGUAUCAAUCAGGUUUAUAUAAUUGGAGGAGAUGGAACACAGAAAGGAGCAUCGGUGUUAUUUGAGGAAAUUACAAGGCGUGGUUUGAAUGUUGUAGUUGUUGGAAUCCCCAAGACAAUCGAUAAUGAUAUACCAGUUAUUGACAAGUCUUUUGGUUUUGAUUCCGCGGUUGAGGAAGCUCAACGUGCUAUUAAUGCUGCUCAUGUUGAAGCUACCAGUUUUGAGAAUGGAAUUGGGGUUGUGAAGUUAAUGGGACGGAAUAGUGGUUUCAUAGCGAUGUAUGCUAGUCUUGCUAGUCGAGAUGUUGAUUGUUGUUUGAUUCCAGAAUCUGAUUACUAUCUUGAAGGACGUGGUGGAGUGUUUGAGUACAUAGAACAAAGGCUGAAAGAGAAUGGACACAUGGUUAUAGUUGUAGCUGAAGGUGCUGGACAAGAUGAUGAGCAAGUUGAUGUUGGUUUAUGGAUAUCGAAAAAGAUAAAGGAGCAUUUUUCGAAAGAAAAGAAGAUGAUCAAUCUUAAAUAUAUAGAUCCGACAUACAUGAUUCGGGCUAUUGCAAGUAAUGCAUCUGAUAAUGUGUAUUGCACUCUUGUUGCUCAAAGUGCUGUACAUGGAGCAAUGGCUGGGUACACAGGCUUUACGGUUGGUCCUGUCAACAACACACAUGCUUACAUACCCUUUGAUAGAAUCACUGAGAAGCAAAACAAGGUUGACAUUACGGACAUGAUGUGGGCGCAACUUCUAUCUUCAACCAAUCAACCUAGCUUCUUGUCAACAACGAGAUCAGCCGAUAUAAUUGAAGCAAACAAGGGCGAAGAACCACCUACUCAAUUAUCAGACGAAGAAACAAAUCCUUGCUAAUUAGUAACUUUUUGAA